GCAUUUCCCGGCGUGCUCGCUAGCUCUUGUGUGUUCUUUUCCGCUGCGGUCGCUGUCUCUUUUUGUGUGUGUGUGUGUGUGUGUUGUUGUUGUUAAUUUUUUGUCGCCGGGACGGAGCCGGAGCUAAUCGAAUGCUGUGAGGAGCGCCUCUCCCGUAUUCCAGCCAGAUGAGCAGUGUGGAUGGAAUUCCAGAUCAUCCCAGUGUCCCCACAGGUGGACAACAGCCCCUCCUCGAGUACAGGAGAACUCCGCAGCAGACGGCUCUAGUAGACAAUGUCAUGUUACAAGACAACACCAGACAAGUUGGAAUCUUACCGAACAGCUCUGUCAGCCAUGAGAUUGUGGGCUCCCACAGUCUCCUGCAGAGUAGCACAAUCAAUCAUCAGCCAGUACUUGUCAGCAGUCCAGCGACUCAAAACGCUUUGGGAAAUGCGGAGCAAACAGACAAUCGUGUUGCUGUUACAGUAACACAGGGUCUACCUUGUGCAUCCCAGGUAUUGGGGAAAAACACGGUCCUGGAGGGAGUUAUUCAACUUGAUGAUCAUGAAAAGCAGAGACAGCAGGAAGAUCUGGAAAAGCUGCGGGUAAAUGAAAACCUACUGAAGCUGGGAGACAAUGAGGAUUUGUUGAAGCUCAGACAGCAUGAAGAAUUGAUGAAGCUUCGGGAGCAUGAAGAACUGCUGAAGAAACAAAGGAGUAAAAAAGUCCGUACUACAUCUAAAGUGAGAAGCCGUUCCACUGUGAUGAAUGUGACAUGCGGUUUAUUCAGAAAUACCACAUGGAACGACACAAACGGACUCACAGUGGAGAGAAACCGUACCAGUGUGAAUACUGCCUUCAGGACAAUGGAAUCCACAAUGGUGACUCCACGUGGGAUGUUCGAGCAGAUGCUCCGACAGAUGGAAGUACUAAAUGAAGGAAUUGAACCUCAAUUUAUUCAGUUGGCUAGUAACUUCGAAGAGUGCAGACGAAAGUGGCAUAAAACUCAGCUGGAACUGUCCCGUGCUGCAGAGUGCCUAACCAAAGCUGAAACAGAGCGGAGUGCCCUUGAUGUCAAGCUGAAGCACGCUCGUAACCAAGUUGAUGUUGAGAUGAAACGUCGUCAGAAAGCAGAAACUGAUUGUGAGAGGCUGGAACGACAGAUUCAGCUAAUCCGAGAGCUCCUCAUAACAGAAGGCUCGACCAGCAUUCAGUUAAAUGAAGAACAGAAGUCUGCUCUUGCUUUUCUCAACCCCAAAUGCUCAAAUUCUAAUGGAUAUGCAUCCAACAGACGACUGUCUACAAUUGAUGAGUCUGGAUCAUUUCACUCUGACAUUAGCUACGACAAGACUGAUGACUCUUUGGACUGGGAUUCCUCCAUUGUUAAGACUGUCAAGUUAAAGAAAAGGGAGAAAAGACGUUCUUCCAGAGUUCUUGUUGAUGUGCAGCCUGCACCAGCUAAACGGUCACGGUCAACUGAAAAGGGAAAUGACUCCAUUGUGGCUAAAACGACUCUGACAUUGCCUAAUAAUGGCGGACCAAUUGAAGCAGUUUCCACAAUCGAGACUGUGCCGUACUGGACAAGAAGUAGACGGCGAACAGCAAAUCUGAAGGGUCAAGAUCUUGAUGCCAUUUCAGACACUCCCUCGAGCACGCCAUCAACCGUCCGCAGUUAUGAUCACUGUAGUACACCUCAGUCUAUUGGUGGCUUGAGGACCCACGAGUUUGUCUCCAAGACGGUGAUCAAGCCCGAGUCAUGUGUCCCUUGUGGCAAAAGGAUCAAAUUUGGGAAGUUGGCCUUGAAAUGUCGAGACUGCAGAGUUGUAUCUCACCCAGAGUGCAGAGAUCGCUGUCCACUCCCCUGCAUCCCAACCAUGUCAGGAACGCCCGUAAGAAUUGGAGAGGGAGUGUUGGCUGACUUCACCCCUCAAACCUCUCCCAUGAUCCCUUCUCUUGUGGUGCAUUGUAUCAAUGAAAUUGAACAGAGAGGCUUGACUGAGACUGGUCUAUACAGAAUCUCUGGAUGUGACCGUACCGUGAAAGAACUGAAGGAGAAGUAUUUGAAAGGAAAGAAUUUGCCUCUGCUCAGUAAAGUGGAUGACAUCCAUGCCAUCUGCGGGCUUCUGAAGGACUUCCUAAGGAAUUUGAAGGAACCUCUUGUCACUUUCAAACUGUAUACGACAUUUGUGAGGGCAGCAGAAAUCCCCGAUGAUGAUAACAGCAUUGCAGCAAUGUACCAGACAAUCAGUGAGCUGCCACAGCCCAAUAGAGAUACUAUGGCAUUUCUGGUCAAUCACCUGCAGAGAGUAGCCAACAGUCCGCACUGCAAGAUGGAUAUAACCAACUUGGCCAGGGUCUUUGGUCCUACAAUUGUGGGUUUUUCCAUACCUGAUCCAUCUCCCAUGUCAAUGCUGCAGGAAACCAAGCAACAACCAAAGGUGGUUGAACGUUUGCUGUCUUUGCCAGUGGAAUACUGGAGCCAGUUUACAAUGGUGGAGCAGGAGAACAUGCAUCCAAAUCAUAUAUUUGAAAACUCCAAUGCUUACAGCACUCCUGAAGUUAAAGUGAGCAUGCUUGGACCACUAACCACUCCUGAACACCAAAUGAUUGGCAAGACUCCCUCAUCCAGCUCUUUAUCAGCACGAGUCAAAUCGAGUCUGACCAAGACCACUCCCAAGUUUGGAAGCAAAAGCAAAUCAUCAAUCAACUUCAAUCGAACUGGAACCUUUUUUGCAUCUCCAAUGUUGAAAUAAUUCUAAAUUAACCAAAAUCGCUCAGUCACGUUCUUAGGAACAUCACAUUAACCAAUUGUGUUAACUGCAGUAUUUUAUAAUCUGCUGCAUAACACAGCUAUUCUAAUACAUUAGUUUAUACUUUCCAUAUGAUGAUGAUAAUGUAUAGUUGGAAAUCCUUUAAAUGUUGUUGAUGUCGUUAGCAUUGGUACUUUGUUUUAAAAUGCUGAGACUUUAAAUAGACAUGAAACUAUUGCAAACCGAUGCUAUGAGAAAAUUAACAUUAAACGGUCAGAGUAAAAGCUUAUUUCUCAGUCCACGGUUGUGGGAGCUGUUAAAUGCCGACUAGAUAUUUGCAGGUAAAUCAAAAGAUUUCUAAAAUAUUCGCUUGUGGAGUUAAUAAAUAGAACUUAUUUUAGAAAGUGCUGCCUGUAGCUCAGAGUGCAUACAAAAUAUUAUCGUAAGUGCUUGCACUUUUUCUUUUUUUUUAGCAGCUCAGAAGGUUAAAGACAUUUUGAAGGUAAUUAUGUGCAAUUGCACUGUUAGCAGGUCCUUGCCUUUGACUUGGGCUAUGUCUUUCCUCUCUGUACCUUUAGUGGGAGUGUACCACAAGGCAAACUGCCAGCAAAUUGAGUUUGCCACCUACAGGCUUUCAAUCUAUUGCAGACAAGCACUGACUUCUGGCAGUUUUUAUCCAGUUACAAAACAAUCCUUGUUUUUAAGCCUAAUUGUUGUGCUACAAAGCUGUAGCUUUGAUAUCGGUAGCUGUAAAGCCAAUUGAAUCAUCAGUGGCUAUGGGUGCAUUAGGUGCUAACAAUCUGGAUGUAACAAUAUAUAUAUUUUUGAACUAUCAAAGGAGAGAAAUGACUCAUAAAUGCACUUUUACACCGCUCUCAGCAGAAUACUGGAUCCAAAAGUCUUCACAUUUAAGAUUACCAUACCAUUUAACAGUAGUUGCCUUGUAAAACCUUUGAUUUCUAAUUGUAUUAUGCUAUGUUUGAUGUAGCAAAUUUAAAUCCGAUUUAUCCAAAUACUUUCUAAUCCAUUAUUAACCAGAGGGUUUUGGUGAAACAUUUGUUUUUUAUCCAUUGUACAUUGUCUGCGCUACAAUGACCAUGUGAACAUUCUAACAUCGUCUCUAUUGAAGUGCAGCAUUUGUGCACUGAAUUAUGUCUAUCUUUAUGAUUUGAAAUAUACAUUGAUAUACUUAAGUAAUAUGCAGCAAUAUGCAUCUGCAAUAUAUUGUGUGGAAUUCUUGAACACAUUUGCCAAUAAUAGAAUACUCUAACCAAAAGUAAAAGCACAUUGGCUCAUGUUAUAUAUAUAUAUGUCAAGAUUCUAAACUAGAUUAUGGUGUAAUAUUAAUGUAGAUUUUAUACAACAUGUAAACAUCUCAUCUAUGUUGCUUGUUUUAUAUGGCUCUUAUGGUUAUUUGAGAUUAAUUAUAAAAUGGCCUGCACCAAAGAUUUGUCCAUUUCAAAUUUGCCCUAGCAGUGCAGUAGUAUCCUUUGUUAAUAACCCCAUUUUCUGGAGCUGUGUUAAAGCAUGUCCUUUGCAAACUCCGAGUCAUCCUGUUAAAUACCUAUGUACUUGGCAUGCUGCAAAUGUUUUUGUUUGCAUUUUCAUUUUGCUUGCAACAGAAGCCAUGGGAUUCUGUGAAAGUGAAAAGGCUUUUGUCUUUGAAGUGCUCAUAACCCAUUGAGGAUGUGAGAGAUGUUGCAGCUUUAUUGACGAAUACGUCAAAUUGAACGCCAUCUUAAAUAGUAAAAUGCUUUGUAGGUCAUUUUCACUGUAGUCCUGUGUAAUGUAUUCCCUGAUGUUUCAAACACUUUGGUUAAAUAACUGCAGUGAUGAACUCUUGCAUUUGCUUUUAGUUGUUCCAUUUAUUGUGGGAUCACUUCAUCCUGACUGGGGUAUGUCUUCUGUAAAUGAACUAAAUUCUGCCUGAAGUUGCUCUGCUUCAAUAAAUUGGAACACUGACCAGUG